AUGAGUCCCUUCCUGCCGAACGGUGUGAGGAACGGGCAAAAUGACCCAAUCACCGAGAUCAGCAAUCCGAGCCCGACCGCGAUAGCACAAAGUCUUUCCAUGAGCAGCGUCCCCGACAUCUACUGGUGCGGUACGCCAUGGGUCACUUUCAGCUGGACUGGAGGCAGAGGACCGCCAUACCGCGUAGAGCUUGCCUGGAAAUACCAGCGCGAUUUGGUCCUCAACGUUAUGACCGAAGGGUACACUGGAACGGACUACACAUGGGUCUUGGACAGUACGAGUGACAUCGAGGGAGAGUAUGACAUCAAAGUCAGCGACCUUACUGGCGCGUACGUGUUCUCCAACCACUUCUGGAUCUUGCCAUGCCAAGCCGCCUUGGGAACGGUCACCUAUGCGCCUCCGCCCACAACCGAAGCGAGUGCCACUUCAACGCAGUUGGACACUGUCAUGACGACCAACUUGACAUCUACUGAGUUGCCAAUCGUGACGACCACGGACACGUCAAGCAUUAUCACGGAUACGAGAAGCAGCAUCACACAGACGACGUCCGCCUCUGCAGGAAGCACGACCGCGGCUGCGGCGGCUCCAUCGUCCUCGACCUCUUUCGUAUCCCCAUCUGCCUCAUCCGCACCCUCGCUUUGGUCCUCAUCCACCAACAGAGCCGCCAUUGGAGCCGGCGUCGCCGGAGGGGUCAUGGUCAUCCUCCUGUUUUGCCUCUUCGUAUGGUUGUACCGCCGCCAGAGCCGCACCACACGCCGCAUGUCCGUUGGCGCCACCGAGAUUGACGGCGGCGUGGCGAGCGUCGCAGCCAGCCUCGCGAGCUAUACCGAUAACGCAGUGUACACCCCCACGCCGUUCCCUCUCCCCCGGUCGCAGCAAGCCCCACCACCCACGCCAGAGGGAGCAGGACCCGCCGCAACGCACAUGCACGCCCUAGCUCCGGCGCCCACCAGCGGGCCUGCACCCGGAAAGCUGUACCCGUCUCCCGCGGUACCGUCGCCCGUGACGAGCAUGGUAGCGCUGGCUCAGGAGCACGUGAACACCAGGAGCCCUGCGAACCCGUACCCCUCCCACACGGAGCACCAAGACUGCCACGACCAGUGUUUCCGCGCGUCCACGGCCUCGAUGGACGCGCGCCUCUCUGCCAUCGAGUUGACCUUGUUGGCCCUCUCGGCCGGCCCCUCAUCGUCAUCAACAGAGGGCACGGCGCCCUCGCGCGCACAUGGCUCCCAGUCGCGGCCGGGCCACGCCCGCACCUCCAUUUGCAGCACUGUUACCACCAGCACUGACCACCUCGAUCACCUCGUGCCCACGACUCUGCCCCAGCCGCUCGCCCUCUCGCUGGCCCGGUCGCUACCCGCCCUCCUCCCGUCUCGCCCCCACCACGCCGAAGACGCCGAAGACGCGGUGCUCGCCAUGGAGGGUGAGGACGUCCUCCCCCCGAUGUAUCGCCCCGAAUGGCGGGAGCGCACCACCGCGACGGGAACCGGAACCGGAACCGGAACCGGAACGGGGACGGCGAGCACAAGCGCGACCGCGAGCCCGAACGAGGCGGGCGUGCGCACGCAAAGCCCCGGGUCGAGUGUGGAGGCUGCCUGUGGCGAGGACGUGCCCCAGGAGUAG